UUGGCUUCAGGGAAUUUAACCAAGAAUUGUAUCGGAGAAGCCACUGCUGAGCAGUUGGUCGAGUUGCACAUCAUGAGUGAAAGCCAACCUGUUGAAUCUUCUAUACUAACAAGAGCACGAACUAGCAAAUGGCCCGCUGUACUUAUGGGAGAUGCCAUAAACACUGUUUUAGCGGAAGCAUACGAACCAUGGUGGAAAACAGUCCCAGUUGGCUCAUUACAACCAGGAAAAGUUUUGGCGACGAGAAUAUUAGCUAGAAGUGAUGUACCACGGUCUCGAACUUCAAUUAUGGACGGAUAUGCUGUUCAAGCAUUGGAUGGCGUGGGUAUCCGUAAUAUGGUUGGAUCAUCUGUUGCCGGUAAACCCUUUGAAGGAGUCUUGCAAGCCAAUCAAUGUGUACGCAUCAGCACUGGUGCUAUCCUCCCCCAAGGCGCUGAUGCUGUUAUAAUGAUUGAGCAAACCAGACUUGUUCAACACAAUGGAGUUGAAGAAACUGAGAUCGAAAUUUGCUCCGCCGUCGAAGUUGGUCAAAACAUUAGAGAGCCUGGCAGCGAUGUAACCCAGGGAGAAGUAUUGUUGGAAAAAGGAUGCAUUUUGGGGCCAGCUGAGAUAGGGAUAUUGAUUGGUAGUGGUCAUAAGGCUAUUCCAAUCUAUCGUAAGCCCAAAGUCUGUGUUAUGAGUACAGGAAACGAGCUCGUAGACUCCAACGACGAUUACGACGAACUUCGUGAUGGUCAAAUCAUUGACACCAAUAGACCACAACUACUAGCUUUAUUCCAAUCAUUCGGUUUCAAACAAGUUGAUGCAGGAAUCGCUCGCGAUAGUCGAGAACAUCUAAUUGAAUCUAUCGAAGUUGCCCUGAGUUGCGCCCCAAUAUUAGUCACUUCUGGUUCAGUAAGUAUGGGAGAGAAGGAUUUGUUGAAAUCCGUUCUUCAAGAUCAUUUCAAAUUCAAGAUUCACUUCGGAAGAGUAAUGAUGAAGCCUGGAUUGCCAGCAACUUUUGCCACGGGAACUUUCAAUGAAGAGAAGAAGUUCAUCUUCGCUGUUCCAGGAAAUCCCGUGUCUAGUUGGGUUUGUUCUCUUCUCUUCGCUAUUCCGUUUCUGAGAAAAGUCGGUGGGCACACUGCUCACCAUCACACCGAAAUUCGCGUGCAGUUGACCGAGAAUAUUAAAUUGGACGCCCGUCCAGAGUAUCGAAGAGCAAAGCUAGUUGCCAAUGAAGGAAUGCCUCUUGCGAUUACUACCGGACUCCAACGCUCUUCGAGAUUAAUGAGUACUUUGGGCUCCAAUCUGCUCUUAAUUCUGCCUGCAUCAAAUCCAACUCAACCAGAACUUCCGGCUGGAUCUGUGGUUUCUGCUCUUGUAGUUGGGAGGAUCUAA